UCCCACGUUGUUUUCUUCAUCGGGACACUCAUGCUCAUGGGUAUGGUAGUUUACCAGUGCCACUGGGGCUAUUCUAAAGAACCGCUGGACUCCAUUACCCAGAAUGUAACGCGUUGUAUUUGUAUCGUUGACUUUAAACGCCGAUGACAGCCCAGUAUGGAGGCAGUUCUAGCCAAGUAUGAAAACCAGAUCAACGUGUUUUCAGACUAUUUGGAAGAACUGCCUGACUCAGAUGAACCAGUGUGGAUACUGGGGGAAUAUUACAAUAUUAAAACAGAGAAAUCUAGGCUGCUUUCAGAUGUACGCUCACGUCUGUGGUUUACAUACAGAAAGAAGUUUUCUCCCAUAGGCGGUACAGGGCCCUCGUCCGAUGCUGGUUGGGGCUGCAUGCUGCGCUGCGGACAGAUGAUCCUGGGGCAGGCGUUGCUCUGCAGGCAUCUAGGAAGAGAAUGGCGAUGGGCGUCAGAAGGAGAGCAGCCUGCAGAGUACCACAGAAUUUUACACUGUUUUUUAGAUAAGAAAGAUAGCUGUUACUCUAUCCACCAAAUGGCUCAGAUGGGCGUUGGUGAAGGGAAAUCUGUCGGAGAGUGGUAUGGUCCAAACACAGUGGCGCAAGUGCUUAAGAAACUUGCUUUGUUUGACGAGUGGAAUUCUCUGGCUGUAUAUGUUUCAAUGGACAACACUGUGGUGAUUGAAGAUAUAAAGAAACAGUGUCUGCAGGCAGACCGUGAGAGCAGGCCGAGUCUCCCGAGCGCCUCAGGGGAGUCAUCAGAGCAGGGCUGCUCCACCAGACCUUUAGCCUGCCCCUUCUCCCAGCCCCACACACACUCGCCCGCACGCUGGAAGCCCCUGCUGCUGGUCAUACCCCUGCGGAUGGGCAUCAACAGCAUCAACCCGGUCUACAUUCAAGCCCUCAAGGAGUUUUUCAAAAUGCCACAGUCAUGUGGUGUUCUGGGAGGGAAGCCCAACUUAGCGUAUUAUUUCAUUGGAUUCAUAGGAGAUGAGCUCAUUUAUUUAGAUCCCCACAACACACAGCCAGCUGUGGACUCUGAAUCAGGCCCUCCAGUGGACGACCAGAGUUAUCACUGCCAGAGGAGCCCUCACAGAAUGAAGAUCACCAACUUGGAUCCAUCUGUGGCAUUGGGAUUUUUCUGUAAGAGUGAAGAGGACUUUGAUAGCUGGUGUAACCUUGUCCAACAAGAAAUACUGAAGAAGAGGAACCUGCGGAUGUUUGAGCUGGUGGAGAAACACCCUUCUCACUGGCCGCCCUUUGUUCCGCCCACCAAACCAGAGGUUCAGACCACUGGAGCAGAGUUCAUUGAGUCCACAGACCAGCUGUUUGAGUCAGAGGAGGAGUUUGAGAUCCUGAACGUGUGACGUGGCUUCCGUUUCCCUUAUCCUGUCCACCUGAUGACCACGGAGCUUCUGUGGAGCCUCAUCCCCCAUUCCCAAUCCCACCCAGCAUCUCCACUCCCAUAGCUCCUUACUGUGCUCUACAAGUGCCUCAGAUCAACACCCACAUCAAGCACAAAUCGGUUACCAUUACGCAGAAAAUACUUACAUACACACACACACACACACACAUAAAUAAACAAAAUGUAAAGACUACAACAGCAAACCACAGCAAAAGACAAUUUCAGAAGUAUGGAUGUUUGAAAGUACAGGAAAACUUGGGGAAAGACUAAGUGGAGAUAUUGAACGAUGUAAAAUAUAUAUACAUAUAUACACACAGUGUAUAGGGUAUGUACAGCUUGCACUAUCUUUUUCUGCUGUUGUAUACAGGCAAAAGCCAAGGAUCAGGGUGACCCGAUUCCCUCUUUCAUACUAUCUUCCUCUCUAUGAGGUCUGUGUACAAGACUCUUGUGUUUUCCUUGAUUUUUUGAUUAUCAAACAAAGACAACUGCAGACUGUUCAUUUGCAUGAACUACAUUUGUACUGUAACAACCAUGUGACCAGGAGUCACACAAACCAGCUUCCCUGCUUCUCAAGGGAAGAAGAGGACCUAGGUGAGGACUGCUGCAAGGACUGUUUCUUUCGGAGAAGCCUUCACCAUGACACACAGACACACACAUUCUUCCUCCUGAUGCCAGGAGACAGCGCAUAUGCAGCCCAUGUUUUUUCCUCAGUAUUAAGAAAUGCAUACACAAAAACAGACAUCCACAACAAUGACAAAUCAUACAUGAAAAGUGCCUCACUCUUAAUAUUUAUGUUCUUGAAUGGUUUGGGCAUGGACAGUUGGUCCCUGCCCCUUAGUUACUGGACGGGUAACGUAGUGCACACCCCACAUUCAUGUAAAUAUGCCUGACAAUAAAGAUAUUUAAAUCCCCUUCA